GGCGGCAGUAGUUUCGACGGCCGCUUUGGAGAAACCUCUUUUGGUGGGCCGACAUGGCUGACGUGCUGGACCUUCACGAGGCGGGCGGCGAGGACUUCGCCAUGGACGAGGAUGGCGACGAAAGCAUCCACAAAUUGAAGGAAAAGGCGAAGAAAAGGAAAGGCAGAGGUUUUGGGUCAGAAGAGGGCUCCAGAGCCCGCGUUCGUGAGGAUUACGACAGUGUGGAACAAGAUGGCGACGAACCGGGUCCUCAGAGAUCGGUGGAAGGUUGGAUCCUCUUUGUGACGGGCGUGCACGAGGAGGCCACUGAGGAGGACAUUCAUGACAAGUUUGCUGAGUUUGGGGAGAUCAAGAACCUCCACUUGAAUCUUGACCGGCGGACAGGCUAUCUGAAGGGUUACACGCUGGUGGAAUACGAGACCUACAAAGAGGCCCAAGCCGCCAUGGAAGGCCUGAAUGGGCAGGACCUGAUGGGGCAGCCCAUCAGCGUGGACUGGUGCUUCGUCAGAGGCCCUCCGAAAGGAAAACGAAGGAGCGGCCGUAGAAGAAGCCGAAGUCCUGACCGAAGACGGCGCUGAAACGGCUUCCAUUUUGCAACUCCCGCACUGUGAAUGCCUCAGACAUCACCUUCCUAACUCAACGGGCUGAAUUCAAGUGGAGAGAUGCAGUCUUGGCAAAGGGGGUUCCCAUUUAUUUGCCCUAACUGCCACCUGUUUAAUUUUAUAU